CGUAGUAGUAACAGUCCAUGUGCCUGAGCUGGCUUGUCAAAUUCCAACUUGUGCCUCUGGCCUAAAGCUGACAGAGAGAGUAAGAGGAGGGGGAGGGGGGGGGACUUAAAAAAACUCCGGAUUAGGCUCGACUGAAAGAAAUGUCUACAUCAGCAUUCCAUUUGGCGGAGAGCUGCUCAGUCACUGAUGUAGAGGAGAAUUUGCCCAACACCACCUCCUCAUCACCAUCACCACCACCAUCAUCAACAUCAUCAUCCACGAUAUCCCCACCCUACUCACCAUCGUAUAGGAGAAAAUUAGGGGCUCACCACUUGUUGGAGGUCUCCGAGCUAUUCAUUGGCAGGCCUCGGAAAAGCGGCAGCCCUAGGCCUGACCUGUCUGACAGACGCAGCAGCAUGCACACCACCACCAACAACAACAACAACAACCAAAGGAGAAAGACGACGAGUGGGAGUUCGAAGCUUGGAGGGAGCGAAAAACUCCGUGACGAUUUUAGUCAUUUAGAACGAGGCAUCACCAACAUCGACGAAACUCGUGGGUGUCUGGGACGAAGCAAUCCUGAUGGCGAUACUCGUGAUUGUGUUGGCCAAAGGAAUGAGAAGGAAACGCAUCUGAUAUUGGAAGACGACGCCUACAACCACAAUGAGUGGCCGAAGAAAGCUAGAGUGAACUCCUCGGGUGAGACAAUUAAACCAAACCUACGUUCGAACAUGGACAAGUUCAGUGUUGAGACGUUUCUGGACGACCAUCCCGAGUUUUUGAGUGACUACAUUCUGCGGAAAGUGCCCCAAUCCGUCUUGGAGAAAUGGCUGUUCCAACCCUCGUACUUCAACCUGGGACCAAUUGCCAAAGUCAGUCCCCACCCCCAAUCCUCUCGCCUGAAGAGAAACCCCAAGCGACAACGCUCACGGUCAUUCACUCCGCUACGGAAGCAUUCGGCCACAGCAUUCGAGGAAGGUGGGCUCUCCACCCCGAUUUUAAUUACAGAUUCUGAUGGCCAACACUCGUUCCUUCGAACCCCUUCAUCAAGACGAACUAGUAGCAAUAAAUUGUCCCAAUUACAAGUCCCAGUCCCUCAAGUGACGGUCACUCCGUCGCAGUCCAAACUGGACCUCACCUCCAUUCACGACACCAUAGAAGAGGCUGAACUGAAUGCCGACUUGCUAGACCUUCUCCUGCGGAUUUUGAGAGGGGUCGAUCUGGACUGGGUGGUCGAGGAGCUUUGCCGGGGAACCAAGUCCAUUUUGGGGUUGGACAAUGUCGAAGUGUUUAUUGGAAACGGUUCCAACAUCCUGAACGGAGACUACCACCUCCUAGAUCAAGGCAAUGUGUUCGAGAAGACCAAAACCUCGGCCGAUCGUCUUUUCACCGGGGUGCUCUCCUCGCAAGAGACAAUUUCUCGGACGAGGCCAGACUUGAUACUGAAUGGCAAUUUUGUCACAUCCAUGGUGUGCAUUCCCCUGAACCAUCCAUUGGAAUACCACUGCUUUGGAGCCAUUAGAGCCACCACACAUGGUGAUCGGCUCUUCGACGAGUCUCUUUUCAACAUCAUUGCCACCUUUGCAGCAUUUGCUCUCAGUAACAAUAUCGAGAAAUCCGAAAUGGGCUUGGAGAUCACGAGAAGUGAAGUAUUUCUGGAAUUAGCUCAUACUGUCUUCAGGGAACAUAAUCGAAUUGAGCCUACUAUUAAGACGAUUCUUGGGAAUUUCCUUACCAUGAUUGAGUGCGAGCGUUGCCAAAUUUUGCUGACGUGCGAGGAUAAUCCUACCAUCUUUAAGCGCGUGUACGAUAUGCAACGGAGAGAUUUGAAUGAGGAAGGUCAGUGUAAGGAGGGCACGCCCCAUGAAGGGCGAUUCCCCAUCAAUUUGGCCAUCACGGGUGAAGUCGCCCUGAAGGGAGUGAAAAUUAACAUCCACAAUCUCGAGCAAGACGAAAGAUUCGAUUGUACGCUCAAUGAUGAUGCAGGUUUGAUUCAUCGAACCAUGCUCUGCAUGCCGUUUCGGGACUCUGAGACUGAGCGCGUCCUUGGAGUGAUCUCGCUCAUUAACAAAGAGAACGAGGGUGUGUUCACCGAGAACGACGAGCGCUUCGUCGAGGCCUUUGCUAUCUUCUGUGCCAUUGCCAUUAAGAAUGCCAACGACUAUGAGGCAGCCAUCAAGGCGACGGCUCGGGUCGAGGUGGCCUUCGACACGAUGAACUAUCAAGCUACAUCUUGUAUUGAGGAGGCCAAAGCCCUUGCGACCGAGCAGAUACCAUCCUCCAAAUCCUUAUGUCUAGACGAAUUCUACUUUGAUUACAUGGAUAUGACUGACAUGGACACGUGUAAAGCUACUUUACGAAUGUUCAUCGAUAUGGGUCUCAUCUCAAGGUUCCACAUGGAUUGGACCACGGUUUGUCGCUGGGUUCUGACCGUAAAGAAGAACUACAGAAAUGACACCGUGUCUUAUCAUAACUGGUACCACGGUUUCAAUGUGGCGCAAACCAUGUUCGUUAUGCUCCGUAAAACGGGAUGGGAGUCCCGUUUUGGUCAGCUCGAUUGUUUAGGAUUAUUAGUGGCUUGUUUGAGCCACGAUUUGGAUCACCGAGGAACCACCAAUGCAUUUCAAGCCAAGAGCAAUAACCCCCUGUCCACACUCUACGCUACCUCUACAUUAGAACGACAUCACCUCAAUCAGUGUCUCCUUCUUCUCAACAUCCCUGGCAAUCGAAUCCUCGAAAACCUGUCGGAGAAUGAGUAUUCCGCUAUCUUGUCUCUAUUGGAGCGAUGUAUCUUGGCCACAGACCUCGCAAUUCACUUUCGAAAGGCCCAAGCCAUCCGUGCUCUGGCCAACGACGAGCAACAGCUGGAUUGGAGCAACGCCGACCAUAAAUCCUUGUUACAGAGCGCCAUGAUGACAGCAGCCGAUUUAGCGGCCAUCACCAAGCCUUGGAAAGUCCAUUUCCACACCUCCAAUCUUCUCGCCGAGGAGUUCUGGGCUCAAGGUGACAUCGAGCGUGAGAAUUUCCACGAAUCGCCACAGCCCAUGAUGGAUCGAGAAGCUUCCUUGGCUCAUGUGCAACUGGAUUUCAUUGACAAAGUCUGUCAAGGCGUUUACGAGGACAUGGAGAAGUUCAGCCCCACUCUCCACCCAAUGCUGGAUGGGUGUAUGGAGAAUCGAAAGCGCUGGGCCAAGAUCGAGCCUGGGGCCAUCGCUCGAGCACGGAAUUUAUAAUCGGCCAUCCUGGAUGGAGUUAGUACAUGUCAUAAAAGAAUUUGGGUCGCUUUACCUAACUGCCAAAUCUUGGCCAUUCAAAUAUGUUCUAUGUCCAGUCGCAUAAUGAGAUGAGAAAAGGGGAACCACAGCCCCUUGGUUUCUUGUCGCUUA